UACAAGGCUCGUCGACGGCUUGCAUCCUCAGCCUUGACAAAGAGCGUGGGACCCUCCACGCUGUGAAUGUCGGAGACAGCGGCUUCAUGGUGUUCAGGGACGCCAAGUGUAUGCUCAAAUCUCCAACCCAGCAGCGGAGGUUUAAUUGCCCCUUCCAGUUGGGGAAUCACGUCGGCAGCGACCGACCCCAGGUGGCUCUGGAGUUUGCGGUGGAGGAAUUGGCGCCGGGGGACAUUAUCGUACUUGGAACAGAUGGGUUGCUGGACAACAUGUUUGCGAGGGAGAUUGAGGAGGUUCUGGUGGCUUUUAAUAAAGUAAGCGGUGGUCGGGAUAUUGAUUGUGCGGAGGUAGCUUCCACCAUAGCCACCCUGGCUCUGUAUAAUUCCUUGGACAAGGACAACAUUAGCCCUUUUCAGAUGGAGGCCCAAAAGGCCGGAUUGGAGCACGCCGGAGGCAAGAUCGACGACAUCACUGUUGUGGUGGCCCAUGUGGUGAAAUCUACUACCUCCAUCGAUUAGGUUUUGGUUACCCAACAUAGACAAAAUUUGGAAACUGAUAUUGUAAUUCCACGUU